AUGGACGGAAAUGGUCCAGUUGUUGCUAACACUGGAAGCAGCAGUAAAGUAGAAAACGAUUUGGUCGGCUCAAGAAAAAGAAAACGACCAGAACCAGACCGGUCGGAGAUAGAAAAUGAAGAAAACGAUUUUGUUGUCGGUGUCUCGGACACCGGUAAUGUGGCAGAGCAGAUGCAGGGCAAUGGGCCGAUGGAUGAAGAGAUGCACUCUGUCUCCAGUAAGCUGCUCGGCAUUUAUCCCGGGAAGCUUCAGCUACCAUUUAAGGCCAAUCAGCUGACCUCUUGUUCACUACAGCUGACUAACACGACGGAUGACCACGUUGCUGUCAGGCUUCUGACAAAGUGCCCAAAGAGAUACAUGGCAAAGAUGCCACUCUGUUGCAUCGUGCCUCCAAAGUGCAUCUACACACACAUAGUGACAGACUCAGCGGCCAUCGAGUUUAGCAAAUUUUUUAAAGAAGCCAAAGAGAUGGCGGAUGAUAAGGUGUAUGAGCUGAAGUUGAGUGUUAUUUCUGACCCACUAAAAGAGACAACCUACGCUCAGAUUGUAUCCAAUAGGAAGUUUUCACACGUGCUGUCGAUGGACGUGCAUCCGACGGAACCCUGGAUUCUGAUGACCAACCAAGCAGGAGAGGAUGUCAUUUGGGACUACCAAGCACAGUUUGUUAUGGUGAAUAUGCUCAUUUAUAUGCAGGCCAUUGCUAAAUCCUUUGACUUAACACAGAAACCAGUUUACUCUGCUAAAUUCAUUGAGCGAGAGGAAUGGAUUGUCGCUGGUGAUGGCUACGGGACUAUCUAUGUAUACAGUUAUCAUACAGAGGAAGAAGUUACAAACUUCGAAGCUCACGAUAGUAACAUCACGUCUUUGGCCGUGCAUCCCACUGAUCCUCUUGUCCUCUCAUCGUCCGAGGAUCGCCUGAUAAAACUCUGGGAUUGGGAGAAGACUGGGAGUGUACUCGAACAUUUGAGGGACACUCCGAUAGAGUAA